CGAGAUACCACAUCGUCGACUCGGCCACCCUCCGAAACCCACAACACCCCGCGCAGCUCGUCCCCUUCGCCCAUCAACCGCUGCCACAAGGCUACGAAGAUAAAGCUCCUCACCAAGCUCAAAAAGUCGCCCCCGAAAGGUGCCCCGGAGCACGCGACGAUCCCACCUUCCAUCCAAACCAUGGCGUCUUCAAACAUGCCCAGCUUCCCCGCGAAGAAUGAUGUGCGAGCAACAUGGACCUACCUAGAGGCCGGUGUGGAGAAGAUCAUGACCAACCUUCGGGGAGGCAUGGACAUGAAGACAUAUAUGGGCCUGUACACGGCUAUCCACAACUUCUGCACUGCGGAAAAGGCCGUCGCUGGUCACUCAUUCGCAUCGCACAACAAUCGCGGCGGAGCACACCUGUUGGGCGAGGAUCUAUACCAGCAUCUGAUUGAGUAUCUCAAGACACAUCUGGCGGAUGUGCAGACGCGGUCAAGGGAACAUACCGACGAGGCCCUGCUCACCUUCUACAUUAAGGAAUGGAAUCGAUACACCACCGCCGGCCAAUACAACAACCACUUGUUCCGCUACCUCAACCGACAUUGGGUGAAGCGCGAGAUGGACGAGGGUAAGAAACACAUCUAUGACAUCUACACCCUCCACCUUGUCCGCUGGAAGGAAGACAUGUUCACUGGCACCCAGGAGUCUGUCAUGCGCUCAGUCCUCAAACUGGUGGAGAAACAGCGCAACGGUGAGACAAUAGAACAGUCAUACAUCAAAUCCGUCGUCGACUCUUUCGUGUCGCUCGGCAUGGACGACCAGGACAGCUCUAGAACGACGCUUGAGGUUUACAAGGAACAUUUCGAGAAGCCCUUCCUCCUGGCUACCGCCGAAUACUACGACAACGAGUCCAAACAGUUCUUGGCGGAGAACAGCGUCGUUGAGUACAUGAAAAAGGCCGAAGCCCGCCUCGACGAGGAAAAGGACCGUGUGCCACUGUAUCUGCUCAAUGAGAUCAUGACCCCGCUCAUGCGUACUUGCGAGAAGGCUCUCAUCACGAACCACUCGGAAGCUCUUCGCGACGAGUUCCAAAAUUUGCUGAACCAGGACAAGCAGGACGAUCUAGGCCGCAUGUAUAAACUUCUGGCUCGCAUUCCAGAGGGCCUGGAUCCGCUGCGCACCAAGUUCGAGACACACGUUCGCAAGGCCGGUAUCGAAGCGGUCGACAAGAUUGCUGCUGAAGGUGACAAGAUCGAACCCAAGGUAUACGUGGAUGCUCUUCUAGAAGUGCACACCCAAUACCAGGAGCUGGUCAACCGUGCCUUUAAUGGAGAAUCCGAGUUCGUACGCUCGCUGGACAACGCAUGCCGGGAAUUCGUGAACCGUAACAAGAUCUGCAAAUCCGGUUCCAACAAAUCGCCCGAGCUUCUCGCCAAGUACACGGACACUUUGUUGAAGAAGUCGAGUGCGAAGAUGAACGAGGAGGACAACAUGGAGAACCUGUUGAGCCAAGUCAUGACCGUCUUCAAAUACAUCGAGGACAAGGACGUCUUCCAAAAGUUCUACUCGCGCAUGCUCGCCAAGCGCCUGGUUCAGGCCACAUCGGCGUCGGACGACUCGGAGACUACCAUGAUCUCCAAACUCAAGGAGGCGUGUGGUUUCGAAUACACCAACAAGCUUCAGCGCAUGUUCCAAGACAUGCAGAUUUCCAAGGAUCUCAACAGCGCGUACAAGGACUGGCUGGAGAAGGCUUUGGACGAAGGUGACCUGAAGAAUAGUGUUGAUGCCACCUACCACAUUCUAGGUACCGGUUUCUGGCCGCUGAACCCGCCCACUACGCCUUUCACUCCGCCUCAGCUGAUAGUGCAAACCUACGAGCGAUUCUCCCGGUUUUAUAACAACAAACAUCAGGGUCGCAAACUCACUUGGCUGUGGCACUUGUCGAAGGGUGAGAUGAAAGCCAACUACUGCAAAGUGGCAGGUCAGAAGGCGUCUCCCACGCUCCAGGUAUCAACGUUCCAGAUGGCCAUCCUUCUUCUAUUCAACGACAGUGAAACUGUCGCGUACGAUGAGAUCGCUGAGGCAACGAAGCUGGAUAGGGACACGCUCGACCCUAGUAUUGCCGUCUUCAUCAAGGCCAAAGUCUUGAUCGCUGAACCCGAAGGUGCCAAGCCAGUUUCGGGCACAUCGUACAAGCUGAAUUACGGCUUCAAGCCCAAGAAGAUAAAGAUCAACUUGAACAUCGCCAUCAAGGGUGAGCAGAAGCAGGAGGCUGAGGAUACGCAUAAGACAAUCGAAGAGGACAGGAAACUGCUGAUGCAGUCCGCCAUCGUGCGUAUCAUGAAGUCUCGCAAGAAGAUGAAGCACCAGCAACUGGUUUCAGAGACUAUUCAGCAGAUCAAGAGCCGGUUCUUGCCCCGCGUUCCCGACAUCAAGAAGUGCAUUGACAUCCUUCUUGAGAAGGAGUAUCUGGAGCGCUUAGACGGCGAUGAGCUUGGCUACCUGGCAUAA